AUGUAUUGAAAACCAAAUAGUGAGAAUUAAGGUGAAUAUAGACAUUUUCUAAAAUCUUUACAAAAAAAAAGAUGAUUUGCAGAAUAAAAAUGACCCAAACUUCUGUGUAUAAGCUACAUAGUUUUAGCGCGUAUCGACUCUUACUCCUAUUUAUGAAGAAACAGACAAACCAUAAGUUGUAUUUCCUUUUUUUUAUUCCUCCCUCUCCCUCACUGUGGUGCGCGAUCAAGUCCCGUUCCUCUGGUCAAGUUCAGCAUGAUGUUCCCCCGGCCCUCGCGGACGCUUCUUAUUGGUAGGCUGCAACAGUUACAUCACGGCGCUCGUGACGCGUACGUCUUCCUGUUUCCUUCAGCCGCGUCUUAAAGUGAAUCUUAGUGGCGGAGGAGCGCUCCAGCAGCAUCCAGUCCUCCGCUCUGCAUCCAGCGCGCCUCAGAGACGCACACACGCACCGCUUCUCUCCCUCUCUCUCCAUCUCCCCUUCUCUCUCUCUCUUCUAUUCUCUCAAGGUCUCUCACUCUUUAGAUCACAGCAGAGGAUAGAAGGAGAGACGGACGCGCAAGAGCCCGUUUUCCUGUUUUCUUUUGAUUCUUUUGUAUCUUUUAGUUCGCGUGGUUUACUUUAUUCCUGCUCUUCCUUCCCUCAAAUACUGUUCCAUCCUUUCCACAAAACAGUCCGUGGCGCUUUUCUCCCCUUCACCACCGCAAGAGUUCAGGUUGUAUCCCCAAAAAAUCUUCAUCUGGACUGAUACUCAGAGGCUUUGACCCUAGAGGACUGGGUUUGUGGGAUAUGGCCCAAUAGCAGCAGCCCGUGAUGCCGGACCAUGACAGCGACUCCCUCCUGAACAGACAGACCAAGCGAAGACGUGUGGACAUUGGUGUCAAGAGGACAGUGGGUAGCACAGCCUCUUCCACAUCAGCAGUAACUACCGAUAACAUCGCUCGCGCCAAAGCAGCAAUUUUUAGUGCCAUGAACUCUCUGAGCUCCCAUUCUCACCACGGAUCAGACAACGACUCCAUGGAGUGCUCUGUAGUGCAGCCACAUGGUGGGCCUGGCGUUGUGUCAGCCAGCGAUAGUGAGUCCAAAUCAAAUGUUCUUCGAAAGCUACUGAAGAGGGCCAACUCAUAUGAGGAUGCCAUGAUGCCCUUCCCUGGCACCACCAUUAUCUCUCAGCUUCUCAAGAAUAACAUUGCAAAAAAUGGAGGAGGGCCUGAGAGAGGAGAUAGAGGAGAUAGGGGGGAUAGGGUCGACUCAGGCUUCCCCGGAUCAGGGCUCUCUAAUGCUAGCUCUGAUGCCCCGCAGGAAGAUGCAUGCAGUAACUCCUCCCAGGACAGCACCCCUCAAGAGUGCUUGUCACCAUUUGGUCGCCCUCCUGGCCUUGCCACCUUUGACAUUGAACGUCUCAAUGAUGAACACCUCCGUGCCAAGCGGGCCCGUGUAGAGAACAUUAUACGUGGAAUGAGCCACUCACCAAGUGUGGUGGUGCCUGCUGCUUCCCGUCAUGAGCGAGAUCAUGAGAUGGAUGGAGAGCGGGAUCUGGAACUGGAUUGUCCACCUCCUCAGUCCCAACAACAAGCCCCAAGCAGUCCACGGGGAGGGGAAAUGUGCAGCAGCCGAGAGAACAAGCGCAAACAACGGCUGCCUCAGCAGCAACAGCAAAGCUUCACUCAGUUGGUGUGUCAGAGAAAAGAACAGAAACAGGAGGAGCGACGGCAACUCAAGCUGCAGCUGGAGGACAUGCAAAAGCAACUACGGCAACUCCAGGAGAAGUUCUUUCAGAUCUAUGACUCCACUGAUGACUCAGAGCACACUGACCUUCACAAUGACAUAGGAAACAUGUCGGAGGACAGCCCAGGCAGGUCGGACACCGGUGGAGAUGAACGGGGUGGAGAUGAUUUGCGUUCUGACAAUGAGAUGGCUGAUUUGGACCCAGGCCAUUUCCUUGACAGGGCACGGGCUUUGCUUCAAGAGCAGGCCCUAUUGGCCGACAGUGAGAAGCCAAGAAGAGAUGGGCUUGGCCGUAACAAAGGACAGGGAGGUCCAGGCUCCUCCAUGCAUGCUGAAGGUAAACAGCUAGCAGAAACACUGAAGCAAGAGCUCAACUCAGCCAUGACCCAGGUGGUUGACACAGUUGUAAAGGUAUUUGCUAAACCUCCUCGUCCUACUCCUCAGCAGGCCUUCCCUUCACUUUCUAUUCCCCCUGAAAGAUUUCCUGCUGCUGUCAAUGGAGACAACCCAAACUUCCACACCGCCAACCAGAGGCUUCAGUGCUUCGGUGAUGUCAUCAUUCCUAAUCCACUAGACUCCUUUGCUAGCAUGUCUGGUAUUCCAGGUACCACCCAUGACCAAACCGAGGCACUGCCCUUAGUAGUACGUAAGACACCUAGUGAGCACCACCAUCAGUCUUCAGCCGUGGGUGCCCAUGGUGGUAACCACCAUCCAGCUCUCCAUCCAUCAUCUCUCUCUGCCUCGAUGGGCUUCAGCCCCCCCUCCUUUCGACAUCCCUUUCCUCUGCCACUCAUGGGCUACCCUUUCCAGACACCCAUUGGCCCACCCACAGCUUAUCCCGGCAAGGACCAUACUUCACCAGACUCCAUGGACCUGCCCAGGGAGACGACCGGUUUGAGAACAAAGAUGUCAUCAGGUCACCACCUGGGGCACCACCAUCGCUCUUGUUCACCAGCACACCCUGGCAGCACAGCCGAGAGCCUCUCCUUAUCCCUGAUCAAGUCAGAGUGCAGUGACCUCCAGGACAUGGCUGACAUCUCACCUUACUCAGGCAGCAAUAUCCAGGAGGGCCUUUCCCCUAAUCAUCUCAAGAAGGCCAAGCUAAUGUUUUUCUACACCCGCUACCCAAGCUCUAACAUGCUAAAGAUGUUUUUCUCUGAUGUUAAGUUUAACCGCUGCAUCACCUCCCAGCUGAUCAAAUGGUUCAGCAACUUCAGGGAGUUCUACUACAUCCAGAUGGAGAAAUUUGCCCGGCAGGCCAUCAACGAUGGUGUCACUGGAGCCGAGGAGCUGAGCGUCAGCCGAGACUGCGAGCUCUUCCGAGCCCUAAACAUGCACUACAACAAGGCUAACGACUUUGAGGUCCCCGAUCGCUUCCUGGAAGUGGCCGAGAUUACACUGCGGGAGUUCUUCAAUGCCAUUGUGGCCGGCAAAGAUGUGGACCCAUCUUGGAAAAAGGCCAUCUACAAGGUCAUCUGCAAACUGGACAGCGAGGUCCCAGAGAUCUUCAAGUCCCCAAACUGUCUUCAAGAGCUUCUACAUGAGUAAAUUUCCUCCGACACCAACUCUGCUCAUCUCUUUGCGCUUCUUUUGUUCGUUGACUUUGAUUUAAUUGAGUUUUAAAAUAAUUUCCCCCUAGUUCUAUUUUUUUUUUUUUUUCCGACUAACUAUUUGAUUUUUCUGUUCUCUUAUUAUUAUUUUUGAAUGUAUAAAAGUUAUGGAGUAGCAUUCCCAAUCUAAAGCCUCUGUGGCACUUCCUAAAUGAUCUAGGUAUUGUGUUGUUGUUUAUAUAUUAUUAUGGUUACUAUAUGUUUCAUUUUUCUAACAUUCUGAAGUGGAAAGACUUUUAUUAUUGGGUGUUUUGGACUGUGUGAGACCCUCACCUGUUUGGCCCAUUUUAUGAACAAUGCUACCUGAGUGUGUGGAGUUGCUUUCCAUUUAUGCUACAAGUGCAGGCAAGGUAUACUGAGAAACUUUACCCCUAAAAUUUUGGGGGCCGCCUGUUCCCUGCUUAAUGCAAAAUGGACGUCCGUUAGACUUUGCUUUAUAAGAUGUCACCAAGAGGACACACACAUGCACACAAAAUUGAGGCCUAGCGUUGUUAUGGACUAAAACUGGACUCGUGUUACUUUUCAGCACUGGUCUGCAGGAUUUGGACUGGUCUCAAAGGACUAUUGAGUUAACUUUUUGAAGUGUAUUUUCCCUGAAAAGCAGGGGAUUGUGUUUAUUGGGUGUACAAUAUUAUUUUGAUUAAUAUUCUUAUUGUUGUUUAUGAUUAUUUGUCGUUUCUGCUUGCUGAAGAUUGGCACCUCAAGAUAUGUUUGUCCCUUGAUGCCGUUGCAGAAAAUAAUAAAUUAUUAUUAUUGAUAUUAUUUCCUGCGCUUUUAGAUUCCUGAAUAUUUUCUCCUUCAUACUGCCCACAUCCUCUUUUCUAAAUAAGUUUCUUAAUAAGGGCCAUAAUUUUAGGGUUUUUAAUUUACUUUGCAUUAAGAAAAGGUCUUGGUUAAUAAAUCUGCAACACUGCAUCUGAAAUGGUUGCAGUAAUAUUUAGUUCAGAAAUGUAGAAGAGAACAGAAAGAGAAAGUAAACAAAUUGCAUUUGUAUUUUUAUUUUAACAAACAUCCAGAAGCUCAACCACAAAGUGCACAAUUGUUCAUAUAUCUGCAAACUACUUAUUCUAUUUGUUUAGAACAGCGCACCGCAUGUCUUUUCCAUCUUUUUUCACUAACCAACUUUGAUAAUGUGAAGGCUAUUUACUAUUAGGGUUUUAUUCUGAUAUGCUUAUAUGAAUAAAACUGACAAAGUUACCUUAUAUGCAGAUGAUACUUGAAUAUGUGAGGAUCAUUCAGAGAUUUAAAAUCCAUCUUGAAGCAGCACACAGACUCACAUACAUCUGUACUGUACACACAGACCAAGCAUAACUCUUUGACCAAUUGUCUAAUACUAUUAACAUCAAUUACAGCAUUUUUCAACCCUGCUCCAUGAAGAAGACUGUCCUGUUUUUUUUUUCCUCUGCUAAAACACGUCCCAUUAAGAUAAGCGCUGUUUAGGGAAGCCUGUUAAUCAGCAAAAAAUGGAAAAAUUCAAGAUAAUGUGCCUUAAAGGUAUAGUGGAGGUUGCUCUUUUUCUGGGUAGAUCAUCAAAA